GUGAUGGAAAAUGUGUUAUUUGUGAUUCAUAUGUUAGACCAUGUACUUUGGUACGGAUAUGUGAUGAAUGCAAUUAUGGAUCCUAUCAAGGUCGCUGUGUGAUUUGUGGUGGACCAGGCGUUUCAGAUGCUUACUAUUGCAAAGAAUGUACUAUUCAAGAAAAAGAUCGUGAUGGAUGCCCCAAAAUUGUGAACCUUGGAAGUUCAAAAACAGACUUAUUCUAUGAAAGAAAAAAAUAUGGCUUUAAGAAGAGAUGACAUUUAGCUUUCUUUUUGUCAUACUAUUUAUCAAGUUUCAUUCUUCAUAAAAUUGUCUUUAUUAUUCAAAUAAAACUAUAAUUUUAUUACUUGCAUAUAAUGCA